AUGGCUCCCAACCAAUCUCACCUCAGUAACUCAAAAUACGGCUAUGACUUUGUCGUCGCCACCACUCAGGAAAGCAUUAAUGUCGGCCUCAUCCAAUACCUCCAGAAUACUGGAAGAACCCAGGAGUAUACCUACCUUUGCUUUUUAGCUGACCAGAAUGGUGACCCCACGAGCGAGGUACCCCUCGAAGAUGUUGUCAGACUCAGCGGCGGGAUUAACCCUUUUGACAUUCCCGAUGGCACAAACUGGGAGGACGAACGUAUCCAGAAGAUUGUUCCCAGUGGAUGGGGAUCAAAAGGAUCGUGGAAGUGGUUCAGCCAGCCUCCCGGAAAGCCGUGGUAUGUGAAAACACAGACCAAUCUUCUCAACUCGGAGCUAGACAGGAACCUCAACACUCCAUACUUCAAUGCUCACCCAGCGGAGCGUGAUGCACUCAGACUUAGAUUAGACAACAUUUCAGACUCAGCAUUCAGCCUGCAGCAGCUCCUUUUCAACCUCGACAACGCUAUCGCCCAAUCAGUUCCUACGUUCGUUGGAGUCACAGAUGAGACAGCUUCGUAUCUAUUGGGUAAAUCUUUCAUCAAUAUCUGGUCUAAAAUCGCCAAGCAAUACGGUCUACCACUCAUUGGAGUCACUGCGGUUGCUCAACAUCCAGACGGAUCACCACUACGACUAACUGCCCUCGAGCGCUGGGUCAGUCCAGUCGUUGAUUCUUCAUCUGGUGAGCAGGUCAAGAAUCCGUCUGAACUUGAGAUAGCUGCCACGACGCUCAACUAUCUGUGUGCAACUGAUGGACAUCGACUACCAGGACCUUCGUCCUUCAACUGGAAUUGGAUCGAACCACAAGAUCUUGCUCAAUCCAGCGGCGUUAUCUCUAUCAAGAGAGAUACCAUGGCGCGGUACCUGGUUGACCAGAUUCUCCCUCAGGUCCGAAGCUCUUGUAUCAAGCCGAAUGUAAAUGUGACAGCAGAGAAUGAGCUGGGUAAAGUCAAGUACGAAUGGGACUUUACACCUGGACAGGAGCCGCAUACAGUCGAAAUUCCACCUUCUGGCCCUCUCGUUGCCAAAUUAGACUACAGCUUUUCAGUCCGAGCAGACGACCAUUACGCUCUUACGUAUGGAGAACUCAAGAUCAGUUCAACUUAUUCUUGCACUAUUGUGUUCGGCAACUAUGACCAGACCAAGAACCCGCCGGUCUACAUAGGUGGCAACACCUUCACUGUCGUGCAGUGUCUCUGGAUUUGGGUUUUCGUUCAGUGGGCAGCCUCUAAAGCAGAUGCGUACGUCGUCAACCAGACUCGUUCAGACGAGUUUGUCAUUUCUGUCGAUGAGAACGGCGGUCUGACCUCUUCGGCGACCCAUAACUCAACUAUGACUGAUAGUGCGAAAGAUAUUGAAAUCGGCUUUGCCGAUAAGUUUUUGGGCCUCCAAACCAGGCUCAAAAACAUCAAGAACACCAUCUCAGCCUUACCCAAUGCUAGGCUUAAGAGUCUCCCCUUCAACAGCAUCAAAAACUUUGUGUUUCCUGGAGCCAAAGUUUUCUCUUACAAGGACGCGUCUUUCUCCAAUCACUCUGAUCUCGCUUGUCGCAUCACUUAUGUGAGCCCGACAGAGGACCCUUGGAAGCUGAUGAGAUCUGACCUGAGUCACCGGACCGACGACCCUCCCGAGACUAUCUAUCUUGACGAGGUUCCGUCUCUUGCAGCCUUUGUUCUGCAACUUCGAGCUGGAGAGCUAAAGCGACUAGAAGAAGAGCAUAUGGCUGAGAAACCACCGCUUCCAAUUGAGGACCCAACUCUUAUGAAUACGGACUGCUUGGGUAUCAGUGUUGCCCAAAAUGGCGACAAGAAUUCCAAUGCCGAGGGUAUGUCUACCACUCUCAAGCACUCGCCACCCGCCGAAAAAGUCAAAUCCAAACGGCAUCAAGAACGAGCAGUGAUCGCGAGUAGCACAGAGCUAAUGAUUAACUACGUACAGGGAGAAUUGGUUAAUCCUGAGGGAGAGUUCCGCGCUCUCCAGACUGCCAAUGGGACCGCGUUACUCUUUGCAAUCGACUCUUCGGGUGUAUUCAAUGUCUUUGAAGAGAAUGUUGCAGAGACAAGAACAGGCUGGAGAGCUACCAAUUUGUCAACCAAGAUCAUCAACGAGAAGUUCUCAUCAGGCGCAAAGGCUGUUCAUUUCGACGUUGGACAGAGUGUCAUGAAUGACUAUACCAUAAGUUUAGCCAUGGCAGUACGUUCUAAUGGGUCUGAUAAUUUAUUCCUUUCACUCAACAACUCGCCUUCCUCUACUUCUCCAUGGAUUUCCAAUCCUGAUUGGAGAUCUUUCCCUUUUGAUGCGCAGAGCCGACCAAGCUCGAUUCAAAUCACUGGUAUUUACAUUUCUGAGACGGACCAGCAACAGCAGUACAUCAUGGUAGACAUCCUUCGGAACCCGAACUCUGAUCUCAAGGCCACGUCUCGGUAUAUCGUCGAUCCUUUCUCAACGGGAGUUCACUGGAUGCCUCAUACGCUUCCCUUUGAAGUUGAGCAGGGUACUUAUCAGAGCUGCGUAGGCCGCGUUCCGGGUGCCUUUGUCGACGGCAUCUAUACAGUUGGUUCCGUUAAAGGCGUCGCUCAGAUGUCCUAUGUGCCACUCUUCAACUCAUCAGGCAGUGCUGCACCUAUGCCAACCCGUUUGCCUCUUCCCAACAAAGCAUUGGCAACAGCAAUCGACUCAGCCCGGUAUCCAGAUGGCACUACUGACUUUUAUGCUGUUAGCGACUCCACGCUGUACAGAUGGAGUUCCAGCCAGCAACUGCGAGACAAUACGGUUGGGACGGCUUUGUUGACUAACCCGGUCUUUGCGGGCACUGAUACUCUAAUUGCACUUAUCCACGACGGCAUCACAACAAUCUUUGGCAAGAAUUCCAGUGAUGCGGUAUACUACACAUCAUGCCAGAUUAACCAUCUUGCCGACCCCAUGCUCUGGAGUGCCCCCGUCCCUGUCCUCCAUGGAAUUGAGCGUAUCACCUCAUUUAUCAACCUAAAGGACGGCGGCAACACAGUCUUUGCAGCAGGGGCCAAUCGGAUCGAUAAGAUUACACAAGCUACAAACACAGAGUCCAAACUGUGGCGUGCCCAAUCCAUUAUGCUCGAGGCAAGUCCACAGAGCAAGCCUAUGUCUUUCACCUCGUACACCACUACGAUCAUUGUCAAAGGGCCAGACGGUCAUCGCUUGACCGAAGGCGAGAUUCUUCUUUCAACGGUGGCCCGUACCCCGGUGUACAUUGAUGGGAUCUACUACAUUCUUUCCACCACUCCGGUGACUGUCGCUGUUGGUGUAUCUGGUCAAGUGAUGGUCAUCCAGGCGACUGACAGUAUUGUCGGGUCUACCAUCAGUGUACAGUUGGGUGAAGCUGAGCAUGUUGUCAACCCCAUGGCCAUUUCAUUUGACAAACUCGCCAAACUCUCAACUAAGGACGCUUUGAAGAAUGCCCAGAUUCGAACGAAUACUGUCGCAGGUGGUGUGACGGAAAGCUCUGGUACGAAUUCAUUGGUUCUAUCCUCUGUAUCUGACUCAGAACUUCAGGCGACAGCCAACAAUAUGAAGCUGUUGACGGAAACUUACAAAGUGAACCGAUCUAGGGAACAGCAGUCUUCACUCGGCAUGACAGCUCCUGUCACUUCAAUGGUAGUAUCGCAAGGUAGCAAAGUCUCCGGGUUCGAGGAUUCCAUUGCCAUAGCGAUUGGAGACUUGUUCAACUGGCUCAAGACGGGAGUUGAAAAGGUAGUGGACUUCGUCAAGAACGCUGCUACUGGACUUUGGGAUUUCGUCGUCAAGAUUGGCAACGACAUUUAUCGUGCUAUUCUCGAUACAAUCGACGCUGUCGUUGGGGCUGUUGAAUGGGUUUUUGACAAAAUUAAGACGGGAGUCAGCAAGGUUCUUCGAUAUCUUGAGUUCUUGUUUGACUGGGACGAUAUCCGUCGCACCAAACAGGUGGCACACAACUUGGUCAAAUAUUGUCUGGUCGACAUGGUAACUGGCAUCCAGACUGCCGAAGGAGAGUUAGACGAGUGUAUAGGCGAGGCCCAGAAAGCAGUCGCUGAAUGGUCCGGUAUCAAAGACUGGUCAGGGCUGGGUGAGGCAGCUUCGAAACCGCCAUCGGGACAUGCAGUUGAUACUACCAAGAGCGAGACUUCUGGCUCGCAAAUGAUUAUGGGACACUUGAAAAACCAAGCCGAUAACAUCACGAUACAAGGUUCAAUGCCAGAACCGAGUCUGGUGCAGGGUUUAGUGGACGACAUGAUCGCAGCGCUGGAGGCAGAAGGGUUGGUCUUCCUGCAGGCCUUCAGACAACUUCAAGACCUUGCAAAAGAUUUCUCGACUCUGAGUCUCGCAGAUAUACUCAAAAGACUUGUUGGAAUUCUCGUCGAAGGUAUUCUUGGAACCACCAAGGUGGUCGUUAAUGCUAUUCUGGACGUCUUGCAUAGACUCGCUGGGACUGUCGUCGAAAUGCUCGACACCAAAAUUCACAUACCCAUCAUAUCCGAUAUACUUAAUCUGAUCGGAGUCCCCGAUAUUUCCUUCCUUGAUCUAUUCCUUUGGAUCGGUGCAGCAGGUGUCACAGUCGUUUACAAGAUUGGCACAGGCGAAGCUCCAUUUCCGGACAACGCUACGACCCGUGCAUUAAUCAAUGCGACAGAUUGGGCUUCAUUCUCAGCUGUCGUCAAGCAACCUCCUCUACUAUCAUCUAAAGAGAAAUACGACGGCACUCCUCGCUUGAGUGUAUCGCGUGAGAUAGGGCGUAUCAUCUAUAUCGUGGGCCACGGCCUUGCUGGUUAUAUUAUCAUGGCAGGAACCUAUAUCUUCUACCCCGAAGCUAUAGAUCCUAAUCCAAAAAACCCACGCCGUAUACCCACAGCUGUACUUGGCGCAGCCGGUGCUGUCACUCUCGUUGCCACAGACUUCCUCUUUGCAACGAUCCCCCUCGAGAACUCAUUCAUCUCUACCCUUCGGAAGGUCACCGGUCUUGUCACUGUUCUAUUCAAGUGUUUAUUCUCUAGCCAGGCUCAGAAGUUCUUUGACAAGUACCAAUUUCUGAAUGUCCUUACGGCUGCCGACCCUAGAAAGAUCGGGGCCAUAUUUGACAUGGUCGUUGCGGCACCGGCCUUUUUCUGUAUAUUCUACCACUUCCAGGAGGUCAGAGAGAAACCUGCCAGUAGGGAUAGGACAUUGGCCAUUAUGGAGGAGACAUCUCGUAUGAUGGCAGUCUUUGCGCGGGUGUCGUAUACCGUUGCUGUUAACGCGCCUGACCCAGUUGAUAAAGUUGUAGCAGCCAGCUCUAUGUCAGCAUGUCACGUUGUCACUGCUGCUUUGGAGUUCACUUGCUCGGCGAUGAUGUGGGAUUAA